AUGAAACGACCAUUGCUACAUACAACAGCUGCACCCCUCAUGUCUGCCUGGUGCACCCGCUCAGCGGAAUGCGCUGCAAUCAUUGCCAUCUUCGCUUUCGUUAGGAAGAACGCCGCGUCUCCGUUGCCACUCUCAUCUGCUGCCGCUUCUAGGACGCUGAGGUGAGGCGACAGCUCAGCAUAAGCAGGUGGAGCUCGGCGCUCGGGCCCCGUGUUGUCAUCGCCACUACCCUCCUCUUCGUCUUCCUCCUCGCCGCCUGUUGUCACGUGCGUUCCAGCCAGCAUCGCAUGCUGUGGAUGUUGUUGCGCUUCACGAAGUUCUUUGCCCGUUUCUCGCCGGCCUUGA